GCCGCGGACUUGGCCGCGCGCCGCGGCGGCCCGCCCAGCCCGCUCCGGCGAUGUCCCGGCGCCGCCUCCGGGAAAAGACCACGCCGGCGCCGGAGCUGCAGGACGACGUGAUGGAAGAGGUCGGCAAAGCCUUCGUGCUCCCCGCGCCCCAGACCUCCCACCCCUUCCGCCCCCUCGAGGACGCGGUGACGGAGUUGGCGCUGAAGUUCCGCCUCCAGCCGACGCUCCCGCCGGGCGCCGACGAGAGUGAGCUGAAGGACGGAGCGGUCUGGCCCCGCGCCUUCUGCGCCUUUGACGGCUGCGGGUGGGAGGCGGCGGACGGCCUGGAGGCGGAUCUUGCCCGGCACCUCGAGACGGAGCACGCCGAGGACUUGGAGCCCGCCGCCGCUUGCCUUCCCAGGCCCCACUGCCCAGACGCGCUGUCGAGCGUUUACAGCGAGGCCGUCGCUCAGCGCUGCCGCGCCGACGCGCCGCUGGCGGGGUGCUCUUUGGAUCGCACCGCGCUGCGCUCCUUUGCCAAGGCGACCGCGAAGGACAGCGUGGAGGCGCUGAUUUGUUUCUGCUGCGCCUGCGUCUACACCCGCGUGGCGGAGAUCGGGGAGCGGAGCGUCCUUGGCUUGGAGCGCUUCCUGGAGAAGUACGACCAGCUCGACGCCCCCGGCAAGAAGCUGUCCGACCACGAGACCUUCGCCUCCUGGAAGUUGCGGCUGCCUGGGCCCGACGACGUCGAACUCUUGUGCUGCCCGGAAGACCACCGCUGCGGCGCGGCCCCUGCACACGUCGCGGAGGGCGUCCUCUGCGAGCACUGCGAGCUGCCGGACUGCGGCGAGUGCCUCGAACAUCUCGCCCAAGCGGAGUUGCCCCCGCUCAGCUUGGCGAACGACAUGUGGACGGGCUACGCCCCGGAGCGGAUCUACGCGGAGGAGGCGACCGUGAUGGAGCUGAUCUGCGCCUCGCCCUGCGUGACCACCUUGAUUUGCAUGUCUAUGGAGGCGCGGUUCCGCAGCGAGGCCGGCGCCCUAGACGAAGCGGCUCACAUGGCCAGGCAUCGCUUCGGGGCUCGAGGCAACGCGCUGUCCUUCCCGCUGCCUUGGGAAGACGUCUUGCAAGCCUUGCAGGCGGGAGGCGACCGGGCGGCGGCGCUGCCGCGCAGCGGGGCGGAGCUCGGCCAGCUGGUCCGCGUUCUGCUCAAGACCAACAAGAAGGGCAAGACGACCGGCGCGGAGAUCAAGGGCCUCAUCCACCAGGCGAACGUGCGGCGGGAGGUGGUGAUCAACCUCGUCUUGGACAUGCAGCGCCUGGGCCAUCCGUCCUUCGCGGGCGCGGACGAGGAAGGCGUGCGUCUUCGAGCCGCCGCGCUUCCGACUGACGGGGUUCCGCCCGAGGUGUUGAAGGUCGUGGCCCAGGCGGACGCCGACUUCGACGACGCCGAGGACAAGUUGCAGCCGCAGAAGGCGGCGACGCCGUGCGACGGGCGGCAAGAGGACGUGGCCGCCGCCGGCGCGACCUUUGCCGCCCAGCGCGCGCGGGCGGUGGUCGCGGAAGGCUGCGCGGAGGAAGACGCCAAUCAAGCCGCGGUGGCCGCGCUGAAGAAGCUGCGGGAGGAGCUCGCGACGGAGGCGGAGCUGCGGGGCAUGGAGAAGCUGGAAAUCAGGGCCGGCAAUCAGCUCGUGGACCAGUUCCAGCCCCUCUACUUCGCCGUCGCCUUCUGCUUCUGCUUCCCCCGCGGGACUGCGUGCCCAGACGUCCGGAACUCUGUGGCCCGCGUGGAAGAAGAAGAAUCAGGGCGUCGAGAGGCGCGGCGGCGGGGACGGGACAGGGCGGAAGCGAGAAAAAGUCGAAGGGGCGACGUCGGGUCGACUGCCAGGAGCGAGACCGGCGCGCCCAGAGUCGAUAUCCGCGCCUGGGCCGCCGCCAUGCAGCGCCGAGUCGAGGCGCAGUUCCGACGCGACUGGACCUUCGGCUUUGCAGUCUGGAACUACCUCUUCCGGACGGCGGUCAACCUGCAGAAGAACGCCUACAUGUUCUCGGCGCCCAACGCCGACGGCGGCGGCUAUCACUCUCUAAAGCCGGAGGAGAUCGUCGCGGGCGCCCAGGAGCUCGCCCGCCGCUUGAACGGCACUUACACGGACGUCAACGGCGGGGAGAAGCCGGUCCGCGGGGAUUUGACCAAGCUGCGCUUCGCGAACUUGCAGCCCGCCGCCCGCAAGAUCUUGGCCAACGUCGAGGCCCGGGCCGCGAACAUUCCCGGGACCCACGAGGUGCGCAAGACCAUGCGCCUACAGACCCACGCCUACCGGAGCGACCCGGCGCUGCUGCGGGACGGCGCGAGGAAGUUCCAGGCCCGCGGCGCGCCGGCGCUGGACGAAGAGUUCUGCCGACUGAGCCCCGAGGCCUUGGCGGAGAACCUGCCGAACUACGAGGACAGGCGCGCGCUGCUGGCCAGGGACCCGCUGGCUUGCGCGGAGGGCUUCAGGACGCUCGUGCUGCUGACGCUGCGCCACCUCUUGGGAGUCAGGUUCUGCCCGCGCUGCCCCAACUGCGCCGCUUCGGAGCGGCCUUGCAGCGACGCCUUCGGGAGCAACGCCUUGGCUGCGGGCGGGGUGUUGGGUCGGGUCGACGCCGUGUUUGGCUCCAUCGAGUGCCAAAAGAGCGGAACUCUCCACGCCCAUUUGCAAGUGUUCGUCCAGUGCCGCCAUCAGCGCGGGUCGCUGGCCGGCCUCCUGGACUUGGGCAAGCCUCAGCUCCAAACCUUGCUGCAAAGGUAUGCCUCCUACACUGCCCACGUCCGGCGCUCCGUCUACUGCGACCCAGACGGCUGGGAGCGCGACCGGGCCGCCGUGGAGGAGGAGUGGCCGGAAUACAAGGACUGCGCCUUGAUGUUGAGCCGCCCGGCCUACCAGGCGAGCCGCCGGCUACAGCCCGAGGAGUGGACGCGGCAAUACUUGGCGGAGGACGUGGAGCAGCUGCAGCGGCGCAAGCAACAUCACGUGCAUCUCCCUGCCAGCCCAGGCGGCGAGCGGCGGCCCCUGGCCCACUGCCGCGACCCCAAGGACCCGACGAGGUGCAAGAGUGGGUUCCCCCGCGACAGCCAACUGAUUCUGGGCCGAGCGGCUCUGGUCUGUCCCGGCUUGGCCGAGCAGCUGGACCUGCCCGUCAAGGGCAAGCGGAGCGCCUUGGGCUUGCAGUGGGGCCCAGUCAAUGACGCCAACCUCAACGGCAACCACCCGGCGCUGCUGGCGGCGCUGCGAUGCAACGGCGACCUCCAGCUGCCUUACCGGUUCCCCGUGACUAAGGAGACCCACGACGGCGAGCUCUGUCAGGAAGAGGCCUGCGUCGGCGACGGCGACGUCAAGCUGCUCGUUCGGGAGGCCGCCCAAGCCGGCUACGGCUGCGACUACAUGAACAAGCGAGACUUGAAGGACAAGCCCGCCGGCUACGUGGGGGCAAGAGUGGCCAAGCGGCUGACCACCGACUGCUACGCGCGCGGCGUCUGCCGCGGCGCGGUGGAGUGCGCCAACCUGACCACGCGCGUGGCGGCCAACGACCCCACCGCGGCCGAGUCCAUCAAGACGGCGGCCGUCUGCUCGAUCUCCUUGCGCUUUGGCUUCCAGCUCCUGGACGCGGCCGCCGCCGGCGAAGCUUGGCCGACUGAGCCCCAGCAUCUGCGGACGGAAUCGCGGCCGCGCGCUUGGCAAGGGCGCGUGGUCUCCUGCCCCUUCUGGACGUUCUACGGCGCGCGAGGCCGAGACGCGCGAGUCUAUGAGCUCUGCGCCUUCGAAUUCGCGCGCCACUUCCGCUUCCAGCCUGCCAAGCGACCCUUCACUUUGGCGCCGAUGGACGAGCUCGACGGCGGCGUCUAUCACGCCGCGCUGACCGACGCCGGGGCGGCGAAGCUCGGCAGAAGCGCGCGAGCCAACUUGCAGCCCGGGGUGGACUACGAGAUCCUCGAGGAGGGCGGGGAAGACUGGCUUCCGCUGGGGCACGGGGCGCUCGCCCAGAAGUUCAGACACGACUGGGUCCUCGCGCCCCGGAACAGGCCCCACGUCCCGGUGGUCCAGGGCGCGCUCGGCGGCCGCUCGGAGGUGGACUACGCGAGGAGCGUCUUGCUGCUCUUCUGCCCGUGGACGACCCACCCCGACGACGCCUCCGCCGCCGUUCCCUACCUGGGCGACCUCUGCAAGUUUGGCAAGACGGAUUGGCGCCGCGCCUUGCGACGCAGGCUGAUUCUCCGUGGCUUCCCGACCGAGGAGGUCAAGUUGUUCGCCCUCAACUUCUGCUUCGUCUACUGUCUGCCCCGCAAGCUGCGGCCCGACCAGCACUUGCAGGAAAACAGCGACAACGAGGUCCAGGACGAGCCCGUGUUCUUCGACGAGGCGGACUUGGAAGCGGCUCGAGCCACGCACGUCCGCGGCGCGGGCAAGCUGGGCUCGGACGAUUUGGGCGGGAGCGGGGAGGAGGACAGCGAGGUGGAAGACGAGGCCGCGGCCACGCGGCUUUGCGUCAUGACCAAGCAGAUGUUCGACCUGUCCCGGGCCGCCUGGAAGACGAGCGGGGCGAGCGGAACUGCGAGCGCCUCGCCCGGCCUCAGAGCACAGGCCGGGCGCGCCCAGCCCGGAGGCGAGGAGCUCGACCACGACGCGCUCGCCCAAGCCGCCCGCGCGUCGCGGAGCAAGUCCCGGCUGCCGUUGCUCCCGGCCCCGCGCGAUCCCGAAGCGCAGCCGCUUGGCCCGCGCGUGACCGCGGACGGGCUGCUCGGCUGGCUUGGCAGCGAGCGCGUCCAGAGCGGCCUGAACGCCAAGCAGUUGGAGCUGCUGCGGGUGGUGGUGGAAAGGGUUCUGGUUGAGAUGGAGCUAGUGCCGCCGGACCACGAGAUCGCCCUGCGGCGGGCUGAGCCCUUGGCCUGGCUUCUGCACGGCCCGCCGGGCACUGGGAAGUCUCACGCCUUGAAGUUCUUGCGGGAGUUGUUCGAGGAGCAGCUCGGCUACGCGCAGGGGAUCGACUACGAGGCGCGCGCGCGCGAGAGUUCCGGCUCGCCGCUUCGCCGCCGCCUCGCCGCGUCGCAGGUGACGGCGUUCCAGGCCGUCAACGCGGCCGACAUUCGCGGGCGGACCCUCCACAACGCCUGCGGCCUUGGCGUCGACGCGGCCGCGUUGGACCGCGCCGUGAGCCAGGAGGCGGCAAAGAGAAUGAGCUACUGGAGAUGGCUCGUCGUCGACGAGGUCAGCAUGGUCAACGCGCGGCUGCUGGCGCAGGUCGAGCAGCGGCUGCGGGCGGUGGUCCCGUCGGCCAGCCAAUGGAAGCGCGGCGCGACCGGGGAGCUGCGGCCCUUCGCGGGCGUCAACGUGCUGCUGCUCGGCGAUUUCUACCAGCUGCCGCCGCCGAGCGGCGGCUACCUCGCGGAUGUUCCCAGCAGCCGGCGGCCGCUGCGGCUGAGUGCGGCCGCUGACGCCGAGCCGGACCUCUUGGCGGACUACGGCAGAAACUUGGUGUGGGGCGGCGCCUUGCAGGGCGUGACGGUCGUGGAUGAGCUGCGGCGCGGCGAGCUAUCGGAGGAGAACUGGCGCUACCUCCACGGCAAGCCCGUCGAAGGUUGUCGGCUGACCGCGGCAGAGCGCGAGUCCCGGCGCCGGGUCAUCGCGGGGUGGGCGGCGGUCAUCGUGGCCAACAACGACGCCAAAUACCAGAUCAAUAAGGACCGCGCCGAGGACUACAGCCGCGCAGCCGAGUCGCCGCUCCGCUGGUCCGUGGCCCUGGACGCGCCGUCCGCCGAAGUCUUGCAGACGCAGGAGUGCGACAAGGCCGCGCGGAUCCGGUGGCUCCAAUAUCACGACCGGGACACCGAGAACCUCUCCGGCAUGUUGCCGCUAGCGGUCGGGAUGCGCGUGGUCUUGACUGACCACCUCGAUCGCUCCGAGGACAAGCUGCUCCUCCGGGGCAGCUCGGGCCGCGUCCGCUCCUGGGUCUGGAAGGAGAACGACCUGCGGCCGACCUGCGUCUACGUGAAGUUCGACGGCGCGACUUGGCAGCUGGACGGCGCGCCGGAGCCUGGCCUCUACCCGGUCUACCCCGUCCGCAAGGUCUGGAAGUUCGACGCCAAGCGCAAGAAGCCGGUCCUCAAGAUCGCGCGGACGCAGCUGCCGCUGGCCCCGGCCUACGCGAUCACGGCCCACGGCAGCCAGGGCAAGACGCUCCCCGCGGCGCUAGUGGACUUCAACGUCGACAAGCGGACCGACGUGACCUUCGGGACCGUGGCCGCGAGCAGGGUCCGCUCCAGGGAGGACGUCUUGAUCUUGAGGCCGUUCGAGCGCUGGCUCUACACGCGCGGCGCGCCGGAGGGCCCGGCGCCCCUGCUGAAGCAAUUGCGGGGGGAAGAAGUGGACUGGGAGGCGUUCAGGGAGGCGAAGGCGCCCUCUGCGGCCUGCGAGAAAUGCGAAGACGCGAAGACGCUGGACUACUUCUCCGACCGCCAGUGGGAGCGAGUGCGAGCCAACCGCUCGGCCAUUUGCCUUGCCUGCGGCCCGAGCAAGGGCGGCCAGAAGACGCUGAAGCGGAAGCUGCCGUCUGGCCUGGCGCGCUUGGACUGCCGCGGCUGCAAAUUCCGGAAGCUGGAGGACGCCUUCCCCCGGGCGCAGCUCGGGCGGGGCGACUCUGAGCGCCGCUGCCUCAAGUGUUUGAAGAAAGUUUGCGCUUUGAGCUGCUCGGUUUGCCUGACUGAAAAGCCGAUUUCCGAAUUCAACAGCGCCGCGGCGACCAUGCCGUGGGCGGCGGUUUGCGCAGAUUGCGCGGCCGACGCGAGGAGGCGGCCCAAGCCGGGCCGCGCCGGCUGGUUCGCUUGCCGGACUUGCGAGUUGUUCUUUCCGGGAGCCGGCGCCGCGGAGAACGCCGGCCUCUCCUCGUCAGCUCAUCACCAGCGAUGCUUGAACUGCGCCUCGCGCGGCUCUUGGGCGAAGGGCAAGAACAC